AUGAGUCGUGCAGAAGUUGACUUACAAAUUAGCGUCAAAAAGGCGUGUAGCACUGAGGAGGUUCCACCAAAGCGGAAGCAUGUUAGAGCAUGUAUAGUGUAUACGUGGGAUCACAAGAAUUCCAGAGCGUUUUGGAAUGCAGUGAAGAUUCAGCCACUCCAAAGUGAUCAAAUUCAACUAUUUAAGUCUUUAAUUAUGAUUCAUAAGGUCUUGCAAGAAGGUCACCCAAACACGCUUAAGGAUGGUUAUAAAAAUCGAGACUUCCUUAAAUCUUUAGGAAAUGUUUUCCCAACUCAUGGUAGUGCUUAUGGUAGGUUAAUCAGUCAGUACGAUGGUUUUCUUUUACAGAAGUUAGAUUUUCACAGAAAUAACCCUGGUUUUAAUGGAACUUUUGAAUAUGAGGAAUAUAUUUCAUUGAGAGCAGUUAAUGACCCCAAUGAAGGUUACGAAUCUAUUCUUCAAUUGAUGGACUUGCAAGAUCUGAUUAACGAUCUUCAGAAGUUAAUUUUUGCUACCAUCCAUCAAACCCCAAAUAACUUAUGCAAAGUUAGUGCUUUGGUUCCCUUAAUUGCGGAAUCCUAUGGAAUCUAUAAGUUUUCCACGUCAAUGCUUAGGGCAUUGUACCAGCAGCUAGGCGCAGAUGAUGCCUUAACUGUCUUGUUCGAAAGAUUUGACUCUCAACAUUUCAUGUUGCGUGACUUCUAUACCGAUUGUCAUGCCAUCAAAUUUUUGACUAGUUUGGUUACUAUUCCAAGAUUGACCAAUAGCCCUCCAAAUUUGCAAGUUUCAGAUGAUAGCAGCUCCACCAACGGAAAUAUAUCUAGACCAAGGUCAGUAAAUACUACAGAUACUCAGCUUUCCUCCCAACCUACUGCUUCAAAUGUAUCUACUCCUCCUCCGGUCGACCUGGUUUAUCUUCAACAAACAGGUAUCUUUAACCCUCAACAACAACAAUUGCAACAACAGCAAAUGCUUGAUGAACAAAAUCAAUUAGAAUUAAAGCGCCAAGAACAGUUACAACAACAGUUGGCGCAACAGAGAGCGUUUGAAGAACAACAACGUCAGCAAGAAAGACAAUUUUUAGAACAACAGCAAAUGUUACAACAGCAGCAAACCCAGCAACAUCAAUCUAGAGUUACGGAAUUAGAACAUGAUUUGAUCAUGUUCAAAAACCAGUACGAUAAUGAUCAACAAUUAUUGCAACAGUAUGACUCUAGAGUGAAAACUUUGGAAAAUGAGUUAGUUAAUUUAAAUAAUACAGCAACUCAGCAAGUUGCAGCAAAAGACGAUCAAAUUAAAAAUUUAGAAGAGCAAAUUAGCAACUGGACUAGGAAAUAUGAAUCAUUGGCAAAAUUAUAUUCUCAAUUACGUCAGGAGCAUUUGAAUCUACUUGCAAAGUUCAAAAAGAUUCAGCAGAAGAUUAAUAGCGCCCAAGAAUCCAUAUUGAAAAAAGAAAAAUUUGAAAAGGACUUGAAAUCUAAGAACAUUGAGUUAGCUGAUUUAAUUAGGGAAAGAGACAGAGCGAGAUUAGACAUAGACCGAGUUAGGGCAUCUAAAGAUCAAGAAAUUGAAAAAUUAGAAGCUCAGAUUAGAGAGUUGAAUAAUCAAGUUAAUGAAUCAGGUAAAUUACAAACAAUGAACUUAUCUUCAAUCAUCUCAAAGCAUGAAAGUGAAAUGAAAAUCUUGAAGGAACAACUAAGCGAAAGGGAUUCGAAGCUCUUGGGAUUAGAUGCAUCGGAUCUUCAACAGCAAUUGAAGGAUAAAGACGUUGAUCUCGAAAUUGCUCAAGAAUCCUUAGACGCUGCAUUAAGGGAAUUAUCCAUUGCUAAAGAUGAUCAGGAUGAGAUUGUCAAUGCUCAAAUUGAUGAAAUAUUGUUGCAAAACAUAUCUAGGUUAAUAAACUUGAUUGAUAUAUUCUUAGCUAACAAUGUUAAAAGAAUACAGGAUAUUAAGCAUGAAUUGAUUUCACCAAUGCAAGCAGGAAAUUUGAAUGCGUCACCGGAGUACCUCUUAUCAAUUAUUGAAGUGGGUUCGGAUAUGGCGACAGAUUUUGCAACGAGUUUCAAUACUUUCAUUGCAGAUGGAAAGCAUUCAUAUGACAACGAAGAAUCUGGCUAUUCUUCAAUAAUUUUAACAAGCUCAGAAUUGACUGCUUCCAUUAAUGAUAUUAUGUUGAAUGCUAAAGGAAUUACUAGAAUAAUUCCUAAGAAAGAUGAAGAUAAACUUUUGGGUUUUGUUUCCAAUAUAUUGACAAGCGCGGAGUCAUUCUUCUCUGAAUUGAAUUCAAAUAAGUUAAACGAAUUGGAAGAUGACGAUGAUAAGGUUGAUAAAGUUAUUGAUUGUAAUCUUGAGGUCCAGCAUAAUUUACAAGAAUUGGGUAAGUAUGUAGAUAGCUUACGUUCUAUCCAUGGAAUAAAUUGGUCAUCUGGCAACUUAGAAGACUUGGUUCAGAAUGAAAUGGAUCAAACCGCUGCUGCAGUGGCUUCGGCGUCCAAGUUCUUGCUGAACCUUUUGAAGGAUCCUACAAUUACAGGUACAGCUUUAGAGGUUCAUGAGGCUAUCGUUGCAGCUGCAGUUGCUGUGACAAAUGCUAUUGCUCUUUUGAUCCAAGCAGCAACUGAAUCCCAAAGAGAAAUUGUUAGUAAAGGAAAGGGGACUCAAAGUAGUUCCGAAUUUUACAAAAAGAAUAAUAGAUGGACAGAAGGUUUGAUUAGUGCUUCAAAAGCUGUAGCUGGGGCUACAAACAUUUUGAUUCAAACUGCAGAUGGUGUUUUGAAAAAUAAAAACUCACAUGAACAAUUAAUUGUUGCAUCGAACGAAGUUGCAGCUUCAACAGCACAAUUGGUUGCAGCCUCCAGGGUGAAAGCAAAUUUUGUUUCAAAAACUCAAAACAACUUGGAACUGGCCUCUAACAAGGUUACUAGCGCUUGUAAGUCAUUGGUAUCUAAGGUUCAAGGAUUACUCUCUAGCGAAGAUAAUUCGAAGAAUGAUAUUGAUUUAAGUAAGUUAACCCCAUACGAAGGUAAGACAGUGGAGAUGGAACAACAAGUCGAAAUAUUAAAAUUAGAGAAUUCUUUGAACUCAGCAAGAAAAAGACUUGGUGAGAUAAGGAAGUAUGGUUACAGAGAUGACCAGAGCGAUGAUGAAGAAUGA